GUUGCGCCAUUUUGGCUCAAACAAAGUAAGAAACAUUCAUUUUUCGAUAAGUAUUUUACAUUUUAUCCAUUCUAUACAAUGAGCAAGUAUUCAAGCCAUAGCUCUGGUUUCCACGAGUUUCAAUUAAUGCUUAUGUGACUUUAUUUUUACACCCUAACCCUAAAAGUAACGUUUAAGAUUAAAAACCUCUACCUAAGCUAUCUGGACUCGCUGGAUUUAUCUUUGCCGUCGCUCUAAGUUCCGGGAUGGGGGGCUGCUCUGCUCCGAACUGCUCCAAUUCAACCAGCAUCGGUAAACAGCUGUUCAGGUUCCCCAAAGACCCGGUUCGCAAGAAGAAAUGGGUGGUGAACUGUCGACGUGACUUUGAGCCGACUCCUCACUCCAGACUCUGUCAGGACCACUUUGAGCAGAGCCAGUUUGAGGAGAUCGCGAGAUCUCCCGCCGGGGGGAAGAAGUUGAAGCCCAAUGCCAUCCCCACUCUUUUCACCGUUGGAGACCCUCCUUACCCGGCCGUCACUAUUCCGUUCAUCCUGCUGCCCAUGAAAACCGAACCAGUGGAGAAGGAGCUGACCUUCGGGGACCAUGGCUACGCCAGACGCACCCCUCUGGCUGGCCUGGAGGAGGAGGAGGCAGACGGGACUGCAGAGGACCAGCAGCCCUGCACACAGUGUCACGUCCUCAAGAAGCAGCUGGAGCAGGAGAUGCAGCACACUGCGAGGCUCCAGAAGGAGGCAGAGGAGAUGAAGAAGCGCCUGUACCGGCUCAACAGGAUCGAGAAGGGUCUCCAGAACUUUUUGUUUGAGGACCAGAUUCGCGCGCUGUCCCUCACCAAACGCUCACGACGCGCCGUCUGGUCCCCAGAGACCAUCCUGAAGGCCCGAAAGAUCCGGUGUGCAGUUGGCACGAAGGGCUACGAGUACUUACGGGAGCUGGGGUACCCUCUGCCCUCCUACAGAACGCUGUGUAACCGCCUGGAGACUAAGAUCAUGGUCACGACUGACAUGAGCUGUGAGGAGCUGGCGGAGCUGAGCUUGGGCCUCAUGGCCACCUGUAACGGUCCCGCUGACGCCGUCGGGGACAACGAUGAGGAGGAACUGAUAGGCGUGUUGUCCUGAUUGCGGCGGUUUUGCAUGACUUGCCUGGACGACUCCAACCAGGAAUGUUCAGCAUUUGGACGUAUUAUGCUUGUUGUCUCCCGAUCUGCACCACUAACACCUACAUUUGCUCAAUUCAUGCAAAAUGCUGUGGCUGGCAGUGAGCCGAGCUUUGUGAUUGAGGUGUUUCUCACCAUGAUGGCGAUGCUGAGCUAGAGAGUGCAAGGAGAAGACAACCAUGGACUGUGUGGAGCAGGUAGACGCGAUUUGCACAAAGCUCUUUGACGUUUGAAGCAUGUGUUCACAGGUAUUUUUGUUGUUGUUUGAACUGAAGGUGUUUACAUGCACAAUGAAACCCUGUUAGUAUGCAGACACGUGUCCUGGGUUAGGUAGCUUGAGUAUUUCCAUAUUAUGAGGAUGAUGCCAUGUAUCUGUCUCCUGAUCAUAAUGCAAGCUUUAAUGAAAUAUUUUAGAAUUAUUUAUCAUGUCAUGGAGUGUAAAGCAGUAGCACAGAACCAGGAAACAAGUUGGUGUCUAGAAAGAUUUUUGCUUUUAAACAUAAACCUGUGGUCUCAAACGAUGGCGUUUUAAUGAACCUCUUCUAUGAACCAUUCAAAUGCUGACAGGAAUAGUAGUGUUAAUAUCCUCAAUUGAUGAAGCCUAUUCUAAUCAUUAUUGCAAAACUGAAACUGGAUCCUGUUUUUUGGUAAGGAAACAAAUCAUUUAUUAGGGAGUACACCGCCUUCUUGGUGUUUAGAGUCAACAUGACAAAGUGAUCCCUAGUGUGACUCUUGGCUUGCAGUGCAGUUGUAUUCACCACAAACAAGUCACAAUAAAACAGCGCUGACAAUAAAAAUCCAAAGCAACCAUAGCACUGUGAGAAAAAAUAAAGUGGUUGUA